GACCGCGAGCGAGGCGGAAGUGCGGUCUCCUCAGGGCGGCUGUCUCUGGGCGGGCAGAGAGAGGCUCCCGAGGCGGGGGCCGGGCCGGGAUGGCGGCAGCGGCAGCCGGCGCUGGGGCCGGGACGGCCCAGGAGAAGCAGUUUCCGCCGGCGCUGCUGAGUUUCUUCAUCUACAACCCGCGCUUCGGGCCGCGCGAGGGCGAGGAGGAAAAUAAAAUUUUGUUUUACCAUCCAAAUGAAGUAGAAAAGAAUGAGAAAAUCAGAAAUGUUGGAUUAUGUGAAGCAAUUGUACAGUUUACAAGGACAUUUAGCCCAUCAAAACCUGCGAAGUCUUUACAUACACAGAAGAAUAGACAGUUCUUCAAUGAGCCAGAAGAGAAUUUCUGGAUGGUCAUGGUUGUUCGGAAUCCUAUAAUUGAAAAGCAAACUAAAGAUGGAAAACCAAUUGUUGAAUACCAAGAGGAGGAGUUGUUGGACAAGGUUUAUAGUUCAGUGCUACAACAGUGCUACAGCAUGUACAAGCUUUUUAAUGGUACAUUUCUGAGAGCCAUGGAAGAUGGAGGUGUCAAGCUCCUAAAAGAAAGAUUAGAGAAAUUCUUCCAUCGGUACUUGCAAACGUUGCAUUUGCAGUCAUGUGAUCUCCUUGACAUUUUUGGUGGAAUCAGCUUCUUCCCAUUGGAUAAAAUGACUUAUUUGAAAAUCCAGUCCUUUAUUAAUAGAAUGGAGGAAAGCCUGAGUAUAGUCAAAUACACUGCCUUUCUCUAUAACGAUCAACUAAUCUGGAGUGGGUUAGAACAAGACGACAUGAGAAUUUUAUACAAAUACCUCACCACAUCUCUGUUUCCAAGGCAUAUCGAGCCUGAGUUGGCGGGAAGGGAUUCUCCAAUAAGGGCGGAGAUGCCAGGAAAUCUUCAACAUUAUGGAAGAUUUCUUACGGGACCCUUGAACCUUAAUGAUCCAGAAGCAAAAUGCAGAUUCCCCAAAAUUUUUGUAAACACAGAUGACACUUACGAAGCACUGCAUUUAAUUGUCUAUAAGGCCAUGAGUGCAGCUGUGUGCUUUAUGAUUGAUGCCUCUGUACAGCCCACGUUGGAUUUUUGCCGAAGACUGGACAGCAUUGUUGGGCCCCAGCUCACAGUGCUGGCAUCUGACAUUUGUGAGCAGUUUAACAUCAACAAAAGAAUGUCUGGGUCUGAAAAAGAACCCCAGUUUAAGUUUAUCUACUUCAACCAUAUGAAUUUAGCCGAGAAGAGUACAAUUCACAUGAGGAAAACACCUAGUGUAUCACUUACAUCUGUGCAUCCGGAUUUAAUGAAGAUUCUGGGCGACAUCAACAGUGAUUUUACUAGAGUGGAUGAGGACGAAGAAGUCAUUGUGAAGGCGAUGAGCGAUUACUGGGUUGUCGGGAAGAAGUCUGACCAGCGGGAGCUGUAUGUCAUUCUGAAUCAAAAAAACGCAAACCUGAUUGAAGUCAACGAAGAGGUAAAGAAACUCUGUGCAACACAGUUCAAUAACAUAUUCUUCUUGGAUUGACCCAUAAUGGCUCGCCGGAACAUCUUUUCAAAAAAACAACUCAGCAGGCAUUUUGUUUACCACUGCAGGUUCUCGGUCAUAUUACUGACUGAAUUAAUGACAAUAGUAAAGCAAUACUUGCUUUGAAGAAUCAAAUUUCUACUCAGUCUGAUGAUCCGCUGGGGUUUUUAGAUUUUAAAUAUUUAUGUGGAAAUAAUUAAAGGUAGUCGGCUACAUCUCUUUCAUUCCAUUCUUUUGACAUUAUGUGAAUAUUUUACUGGAAAAUAAGACGAAUAAAUUGUUAAGGUUUUUAAAA